GUCAGACGCCGAAUACAUCAAUUCCUGAAACAGUACGAAGACCGUAACCCACGGCAGUAUCACAACCUCAGGAGUUUCCCCCAGGGAAGGAGGAACUGUUACUGCCUCGACGUGAAAAAUGGGAGCAGAUACAUGAUCAGAACUUCCUUCCUGUACGGAAACUACGACGGUCUGAACCAGACUCCGAGCUUUGAUCUUCACGUGGGACCCAACAAAUACGCAUCGGUAAAGAUUCAAGAUCCACAAGAGUUGAUGCGGAAGGAGCUUAUCCACGUCCCGACAUCUCAACUGCUCCAACUGUGUCUGGUUAAGACAGGACCCACCCACCCCUUCAUCUCCGCCUUGGAACUCAGACCCCUUCAUCACGACACUUACAUCCCUGAGUCCGACACCGGUUCUCUUCUGUCCCUUUUCCGUUACUAUCUCGCCAGUAUUAACUCUCAAGGCCUAUUAAGGCACGACACCGACAUCGUGGACCGUAUCUGGGAACCGUUCUUCCGUGAAGACUGGACGGAGAUAAGCACCGAUGUCAACAUCACCGGCGACACAGAGGGCUUCGACCUGCCUCAAGCCGUCAUGAGAACGGCCGGCGCUCCCCGAAACGCAAGCGAACCGCUGGUCGUGGAGUGGAGCGUCGACAAUUCAUCCGGAGAUUCUCCUGAGUUCAUAUGCAUGCACUUCGCAGAGAUCGAAGCCCUCAAACCGAACGAGACAAGGGAAUUCGAUAUCACCUUCAACGGCGGGGAUCUCUGGUUCGAAAGACCCUUCAGUCCGGCGAAUUUCACGGCCAAAACCAUACAGAGAACCGAAGGAUCGAAGUGCGACGAAGGGUUUUGCCGGUUCGAGCUAGUGAAGACACAACGCUCGAGCCGACCGCCAAUCCUCAAUGCUAUAGAGGCUUACACAAUCAUCGAUCUUCCGCUAUUAGAGACGGAGGAGUUUGAAGGGAGAGCGAUGAGGGAAAUAGAGAAAUUGUACGGAAUGGAAAGAAGAAGCUGGGAAGGAGAUCCAUGCUUCCCUCCAGACUUGUCGUGGGAAGGACUCAAGUGUUACUACCCUCUCAACCAGCCUCGCACCAUCACUUCCUUGAACUUAUCGUCGAGUGGCUUGACGGGGAACAUCACAUCUUACAUCAGUGAUCUCUCGCACUUAACGGAACUGGAUUUGUCAAAUAACAAUCUGACUGGAGAAGUGCCGCAAUCUCUGUGGGAAAUGAAAUCCUUGACAAUCUUAGACUUGAGUAACAAUAAACUCAGUGGCACGGUUCCGAAAGCCAUAUUCCAAAGACGCGGGUUAAGGUUGAAAUAUGAAGGAAAUCCGAGUCUAUGUGCGCAAGAUUCUGUUAGUUUUUUUAAAAACUCUCACUCACAAUCUGUUUUUUCCAAUGAAUGCAGAAUUAGAAACAAAGAGAUUUUUCUGAAAAUAUAUAUGCAUCUAUUACGUUUUUCUUUUGUUCUUACAAACAUAUAUAAAACAACACAUAACUUAACUGCUAAAAUAAAAACUGCUUUUACAAACUUUCUUUUCCACGUCACCACCUCUUCAAUUUUCACCUUCCCUUGCACAUGCUUGAGUCAUUUUCUAACAGAUUCAUGUAGACGUGGCAAGACAAAGAUCAUUGUGCCUGUUGUUGCAUCACUUGGUUCCUUGGCUUUUAUUUUCUCUGUUUUGGCCUGUUUAUUUCUCAUCAGAAGAAAAGCAGCCAGCAACGCAGACACCAAGUCUGGCACCGACACAUCUUUGAUGCCAUCUGAUCACUCAUCCUUAUUGACAAAGGAAAGACGGUUCACGUACUCACAAGUGUUGAAGAUGACAAACAACUUUGAGAGAGUUCUUGGAAAGGGAGGGUUUGGUGAUGUGUACCAUGGUUGCCUCAACAACACGGAACAAGUUGCCGUCAAGUUGCUUUCAGAGUCAUCCGUCCAAGGUUUUAAGCAGUUCAAGGCAGAGGUUGAGCUUCUUCUGCGAGUUCAUCAUAAGAAUUUGGUAAACCUGGUGGGGUACUGCGACGAAGGAAACAAGUUGGCACUCAUCUAUGAAUACAUGGAAAACGGAAACUUGAAGGAGCAUCUGUCAGGUAAACGUGGUGACAACAUCCUGACAUGGGCAAGCAGACUGAAGAUAGCUGCUGAGGCUGCGCAAGGAUUAGAGUACUUGCACAAUGGCUGCAAACCACAGAUUGUGCAUAGGGAUGUGAAGCCGGCAAACAUAUUGUUGGAUGAACACUUCCGGGGGAAACUAGCAGAUUUCGGUCUUUCAAGGUCAUUCCCCGUCGAUGGAGAUUCCCAUGUGUCCACUUCAGUUGCCGGGACUCCUGGAUAUUUUGAUCCCGAGUAUUAUAAAACGAACUGGCUAACAGAGAAAAGCCACGUAUACAGCUUCGGAGUAGUAUUACUAGAGAUAAUCACGAAUAGACCUGUAUUCGACCAAAGCAGAGAGAAGCAUUACAUAGUGGAGUGGGUUGGUGAGACACUGGAGAAAGGGGACAUCCAUAGCAUAGUAGAUCCCAAACUCCAAGGUCAGUUUGAGAACAACUCCGCGUGGAAGACAGUGGAGGUGGCGAUGUCAUGCGUCAACCACUCUGCCAAUAGACGGCCGACAAUGUCUCGUGUUGUCGCGGAUUUGAAUUCAUGUGUCGCCAUGGAGAUGGCGAGGACCGGAGACAGCCUUGAGAGUUCUACUCUUGAGUUGAGCCUCGGUUUCGGCACUCAACUUGCUGCCCAACCCCAUGUCAGGUAACAUACGUUCGUUUCGAAUCUUCAAAAUGUAACGCACACGUUAUUAUUUGCGUUAUACUUUUGAGGUAUUUUCUGUACUUGUGGAAUUGUCUCCUAUAUACGUAUUGCUGUACAGUUUGCAUAGUGCGCGCUUUACAUUUUUUUUUUUAAAACUUGGGGAAUAUAUCAGUCAAUACUAGUUUGCAUUC